AUGGGACAAAAUUCCCGUGGGAUCAACUGGGCUGAUAAAUUUCAAAAUGGGUCAAGGAGCUACUCAAACACCUAUAUCUAUAUGGGCUUCAACAGGCAGCAAAAGAAAAAUGAAAAUAGAGAUAAAUCAACAUGGAUCUCAAAGAAGGAUACCACAAAAGGAAAGGCUGAAACAUCCAACAAGGCAGAAGUGUUGGACAUGGCCCAAAUGGAAAAGGAUAGCACAAUUCCAGCAGUGCAGGAUCCAAGUUUAUCCAAUGAACCAAGACUUCCAAAAGAAAAAACAAUUAGUAAACCAUCAGUAGAAGAGAAUUGUUGCACCAACAACAAUUCGAUCACAACUGAUAGCAAUCAUAACAAGAUUGGUAUUUAUACGAUGGUCAACUUACCUCAUCCGGGCCGUACUCCCAAAUCUAAAGAGAGUCUGCCAAACUAUUCAUCCAAUUUAGGCAAACCACCUGAUCAAUCGAAACAUUUUAGUCUCAAAUCAAAACUAAAGAUCAAGGGAUAA